GUUGGCCUUUGACUUCAGGUAUAUUUGACCUCUCUCUCUAUGAUCAGGUUAAACCAUAUCCAGAUUGAAAGGAACUUCAGAAAAUGAAGCUAGCAAUAUUUGUGGUUUUCCUUGGGGUAAUAUUUUUCAUUACUGAAGCAAAACCAGCCCAUGACCAGGAACGAGUGGAACUACUGCAACAAAAAGAAUUUCACGAGUUGAACGAGAAAGGCCGUGUACGACGAGCUGCAAUUAGGGAAAGAUGGCUUUGGCCUAAAGGAGUAGUGUACUACAGCUUCCACAAAGAUUUGAAUAAAGCUGGUCAGAAUCUCGCCAUAAAAGCAAUGAGACACUGGAUGAGCAAAACCUGUUUGAAAUUUUUCAAAAUACGGGAGAACUCCAAGAGAAAGUUUUACGCCGAGUUUAAGUAUGGCGGGGACUGCCGUGCACAAAUUGGAUAUGCAAAGAAAGAAAAGCAACUUAUCUCAAUCGGAAGUCAAAAAAAACCUUGCUCACUGGGCUCCACAAUACACGAAAUUGGACACACAGUUGGAUUCUUUCAUGAGCAAUCGCGUCCUGACCGAGACCGGCAUAUACAAGUUCUAUGGCAAAAUAUGGUACCAGGAAAAUGGAUCAAAGACCAAUUCAAAAAGGUUGAUAAGAAGUGGGUGGAUUCUCGUGGUCAUAAUUACGACUACAAGAGCAUUAUGCAUUAUUCGCCUUGGCAAGGCGCUAAAGACAGGAAAUCACCUGUUAUGAAGCCCAAGAAAAAGGGGGCUAAAUUUGGUGGAAGAGACGGAUUGAGUGACGGAGACAUCGCYCAAAUAAAAGACAUGUACAAAUGUAACGGUAAAGGUCGAAGCGAACUACCAGACUAUGUUCCAUCACCAGGUGAAGACGAAGAGUUUAACAAAGAAACAGAAGGACCAAAACCAGGAGAUGAGGAAGCAUGAUAAUGUUACUAUAAUAACAAAACAAAUUAAAAGGAUAUGAUUAUCUACAUCAUUUAAAAUAUUUAUUACGAGAUACUCCUUUUCAAGUUUAUAGGUGAUAUAGCAACUGACCUAUUUUACAACAGGUUUAGAGUUCAAAAAAAGACAACUAUAGUGUCGUUAUCACAACAUUUUCUCGUGCUUUCUCUUGU